UCAAGAAAGGCGGGGAGGGGCGAGCCGGCGGCCACCACCGCCCACGCCAGCCGAGGCAUGUAUUGAGCGAGGGCCGGGCCGGGCGCCGCCACUGGCGGGGCGGAGAAACGGAGGCGCGAGGGAGGGAAGGAAGGAGCCUCCAGCUCCUCCCCGCUGCCGCGAACGUGGCAGCCCCGAGAGGCGGCUCCUGCUGCUCCUGCCGGCGCUUCGCCACCCGCCAUUUUAGACCGCGGAGCUCGCGAAGGAGCCCCGCAAGCGGCGGCAGCGGCGACCCCUCCUCCUCCCACUCCCGCCCCUGAGGCCUGUGUCUGGCACCUUCACUGUACAGUAUAUUGUUUGCUGAAGCUGCACCUCUUCACCCUGGCGUUUGACACUUGAGAGCUGUGUGUUGCUGAAGGAAAAUGAUGGAAGAGACCGGUAUAGAGACCACUCCACCUGCAACACCUCCUCCAAGCACAGCAGGGGCUGCUGUCGCUCCCGCCGCCACCACCACCCCUGUCUCAUUAGCUUUCCCUUCUCCCUCCUCGUUUCCUUCGCAAGCACCAUUUUCCUCACCUUUGCUGCCUGCAGGGUCCUCGCUUCCCUCGACGACAGCGCCCCCAGCUCCUAUGCCCUUUGUGCCUCCUGCAGCCCUUUCAACUGGUGCAUCCCUUGGAACCUCCAACCCACACUCGAUGCCUCCUCCAAUCACGGCGGCUUUCAGCAGCCCCCUUCCCAAGUUCUCUCCGCCUCCACCCCUCAGUUCUCCUCCGGGCCCUCCCCUGCUUUCUGCUCCUCCAGCUGGCCCUCCCAUUUCAGGAUUUUCUAUUGCCUCAACCCAUGACAUUACCAAAGGCCAUGCUGGGCGAGCACCACAGACGCCCCUGAUGCCCUCAUUUUCUGCACCUUCUGUCACAGGUGUCUUGACAAGCCCUGCAUCACAGCAGAUCUCUGUGCCAUCCCCACUAGCAUCUGGCUUUGGAACCGGCUCUUCUAUUACUUUCCCAGAGGAACAUGAAGACCCCAGGGUGGUUGGCAUGCAGAAUGAUGCAUCUCCUGGAGGAUUGUGGAGCUUUAUCAAAGGUGUGGCUGGGAAUCCUAUGGUGAAAUCAGUGCUCGAUAAAACCAAACACUCAGUAGAGACUAUGAUCACGACUCUGGAUCCCGGCAUGGCACCGUAUAUCAAAUCUGGAGGAGAGUUGGACAUUGUUGUCUCCUCUACUAAAGAAGUCAAAGUUGCUGCUGUAAGAGAAGCUUUUCAGGAAGUUUUUGGAAUGGCCACAGUCACAGGAGAAGCUGGGCAGUCCAACAUUGCCCCACAGCCUGUUGGCUACGCAGCUGGAUUGAAAGGAGCCCAAGAAAGGAUUGACAGCUUGCGCAGGACAGGAAUCAUACAUGAGAAACAGCCUGCAGCGUCUGUUGAAAAUUUCAUUGCAGAAUUGCUUCCUGACAAGUGGUUUGAUAUUGGCUGCCUAAUUGUCGAAGAUCCAAUCCAUGGUAUUCACCUCGAGACAUUUACACAAGCAACACCAGUGCCUCUGGAAUAUGUGCAGCAGGCUCAAAGUCUAACUCCUCAGGAUUAUAACCUCAGAUGGUCAGGUUUGUUAGUGACAGUUGGCGAGGUGAUAGAGAAGAACUUACUGCACGUCAGCAGAACAGACUGGCAUGCAGCGUUCACUGGCAUGUCCCGUCGACAGAUGAUCUACAGUGCCGCCAAAGCUGUUGCAGGGAUGUACAAGCAGCGUUUACCACCACGGACCAUUUGAAAGGAAACAGACUCUUAGCACUGAAGAUGCCUCAUCCCUUAAGACUGGCAUUGAAAAGAAAUGAUUGCAACUUCAGCUAUUUGAUGGCCCUCUCAGCUCUACAAUCGACAUAUAAAGUUAAUUUUGUUUUAAAAGUGAUGGCAUCCUUGCAUAGAAAUGAACCAUUCUUAAUCCAGUCAUAUAAUUAAUUAGCUUCCAGAACCAGCAAGCACAUUUGUAGCGAGACUGGGAAAUACUGAAACGUAUUUGAAGUGAUGCAUUCCAUUCCAAACACCACAUAAAGGACGGGGAUUCUGAGGGCCUUCAGGUGCUGUUGGACUCCCCAUGGCCAGGAGCCCCAGCAGUACUACCGUGGCCAGUAGUCAGGAGUAAUGGGAGUUGUAGUCUGGCAACAUUCAGAGGGGCACAGAAUCCCCACCCUUGCUCUGAAGAGAUGUUCAACCAACGUUUAGUACUUGCUUUAACCAGCAUGUUAAUCAUUGCUGUAACAACAUCCUUGUUCAUGGCACCUAGGAUACGUUUGGAAUCUAAGGCCAGAGUAACUGACCUCUCAGCAUUACAGAUGUAGACAGAUCUGGCUAGACCUUCAAAGAAAGCAGCUUUAAAAGUCAGCAUGCAUGUAAAUUUACAGUUAAAAUGAUCUAUUUAUUUUAAAGCUAAGACAAAUCCCCAGAAAUCACUGAGCUUUUGCUGCAUUACAAUGAUAGACACAACAUUGUAAUCAUUCUUAGGUUAUUUUACAUACAACAUAAGAUAUAGGGCAUUACUGAACAGUUUAAACUGCAGGGCUAAAUAACAGGUAUUUUUAAAAGCUUAGUCUCCAACGUGCAAGAUAGUAUAUUACUUGUUUUAAUUUUUCUGAACACCAUUAUAGGCUAGUUCCUCUUGAAAUUGAUAGGAAAUCAUCUUCAAUGAGAUCUAGAUUAUAUUAUACAUGGUAUGAUCAGUACAUGAUAACAUCUCAGCAGUGUGGUACAAUAAAUCAACUGGAAUUUGUCUUGCUUAGCUUUCAGGGAUCAUUUUGUGUACACUAGGGACUACCGAAGGCUCUCACUGGGACAAGAAAAUGGAUGGCUAAUAUAGUAAACUAUUUUUUUCAAUGUAUAAUAGAUCCCAUAUCCAGUAUUUGUGUCUAUUUACCUCCAUUGCAAAUACUGCGCCAGAUUCUGUACUCAAAUACAGUCUAAUUCUGUUCAUGUUUAUGAACUGCUAAGGAA